AAAGCACCACAGGCUGAUUGCUGUCACCCAAACAUGCCUACAUAGAUAGAUGAUAGCAUAUCAACAACAAGGGUGACAACUUGCUGGCAUGCUACCCCACCCACGAAGGACCUAUAAAAGACGGACAGCACUGUUAGGCAGACUCAGACGUAUGUUUGUGUCUGUCUCUGCCUCUGCACAGGUUCUGACCAGUUCUUGGCUCUUGAUUCGUGUUUUCAUAAGUCACCAACAAGGAUAAAAAACUUCACCAGGAGUCACCUUGCACCUCACCGAAGACACCAUGAAAGCUGUUGCAGCCUUGUUGCUCCUGCUGAGUUGCUUAUCUUACUGUCAUGGGUGGACCUGCACAGCCCCCCCACAGCAGCCUUCUGCUGCACAGAUUGAUGCUGGACAAGGACAAGUGGUGAUGACAGACAGCUCGUCAAACGCGUAUUUCUUGAGUGGAUCAGGUUGGUCCAAACUGGGCACUGUUCCUCUCAUUCAUGUCACAGCCGGACCUGCAGGAAUCUGGGGAGUCGACUCGUCAAAUAACAUCUACAAGUUUGUAAGAGGAGACUUUGUUUCUGUUGAUGGUUUAUUACAGCAGGUGGAUGCUGGAGGUAAUGAACAGGUAGUGGGAGUGAACAGUGCAGACAAAAUUUUCUGCCUGAAAAGUAGCAUCACCUUGGCCUAUCCACAACCUGGUCCAGUGGCCUGGACACCGUUUGACGGGUUGUUGACGUAUUUCAGCUGUGGACCAAACAGAUGCUGGGGAGUGAACUCCGCUGAUAACAUCUAUGUCUCUAACGUGAAUCCAUCUACCUGUAGUAAGACUAGAUGGACACAGGUGCCAGGAGCUGCAAAAAUGGCUGAAGUUGGAACUGAUGGGAGUGUCUUUGUGGUCAAUUCAAAUGGUGACGUCUUCCAAAGAACUGGCAUCACCAGCAGUCUUCCACAAGGAAGAGAUUGGGUUCAGAUACCGUUUUGUCUGCCCGUCAAACACGUCAGCUAUGACCUGGGACACCUGUGGGUUGUGUUUGAGAUUGGUUUGAUCCUGGAUUGUCAGCAGUAACAUGUUAGCUGUCCUCACUAAAGUCUUUUCUUCAGUAGUGGCCUUUAUAUGAGAAUAUAACCCAUUAUCUUCUUGGUGUUUUUAUAGCUUGACCUCUACCUUUUCUUUUAUUCUAACAGUGGUAAGAAUUAUGGUGGUGAAAUAAAUCGUUGCUUUAAACAAUUAAACAAACAUCCCUGUUGGAAUGUGACCUAAAAAUCCUGUUGGUUUCAUGAAAACUAACAAUAACAUGGUUAUUGCUGCCAUGCUGUGAACACUUAAAAUGCAAACAAAGCAUUUAAUUACAUGAAGUACCAAAACCAAUGACCUUUCUAGCAGGAUCUAUUUAAGCCCCGUUCACAUGGCUGGAUAAUCAUGCCAAUUCUUGAUACAAUCCUCCCCUUCCAAUAGUCUCAAGGAUGAGCAAGAUUACAACAAUGGUUCUAAAGACUUUCUCAUCAGAUAAUCGUGCCAUUUGUGGUUUCUUAAGAGUGCAUGGUCUGUUUGUAAGGACAUAGGGGCUGCUCCAUUCAUAAAUUUGGGCUUGUUGAAUUGUCUUCAUCUGAUUCCUGCGAACAAACAAGGAUGCUACCUGUUUAAUUAGAAACAUGCCGGUCAUGCACAAGAGGAGCAUGCUUAUUUCACCAUGCUCUCUGGUUGGCUGUGUCAUGUUCUGUGGCCCUUUGGUCUCCAGCCCCCUCUCAACAAACAUUAGUCCGACUCCGGCGUGGUGUCCACGUCCAAAAAUGGUUGCGGUAGGACGGCCUGAAUUUGUAAAAAAAAAAAAAAAAAAACGAACAUGUCUUAAAAAUCCAUUCAGAUACAUUUGUACAUGCCUACAGUUAUAUGUAUAAUUGCUAUUUUGGCAGUUAGUUACGUAACUUACGUGUAGUUCAACAUAGCAUCCCAGCAAUAUUGGUCCGACGGCAACGUCGUGUUCACAGCCAAAAAUGGUCGUGGUAGGACGGUCCAUAUUAGAAAAAAAAUGUAACAUAACAUUUCCAAAAAUCCCCUCAGAUUUGUAGUUACAUGUAUAAUUGUUACGCUGACAAUAACUUAUUUAUAGUUCAACACAUGGCAUGUCAUGAAUCAGUUGUAAGUGAAAAUCCUCUUUUUGUCACUUCAUAAAUGUCAAUGGGAUAGCUCAACCGGUUAGUCAUCUGACUUACAGUCUAGACGACUCAGGGUUGUGUCCAGGCUGUUAUAGGUCAAUUGGUAAAGCAAGGUUGGCUACAGGAAAUAUUCUAAUUAUUAUAAUUAUUAUUAAAUGUAAAAACAACAUUUUAUUUUACAGUGCAGAUGAGAUGUACACUGACGGUCAUUAAACGUCCAAAUGAGACGUGCCGAAAAACGUGUAAUUCACGUCCAGAAAAGACGUCGAUUCAACUUUCAUUUUGGAACUAUUUGUCAACCAUGAUGGAACGUGUCGGCCCGACGUCUUUUCAACGUUGAUUAAAUGUCCUAAUAUUUGCUGGGCUCCAGGUUUCCCUCAUGUGCCCCUAGUCACUUCACUUGUUUUUAGUUUUCUAUAUGUCUUUUCUGACCCUCAAACUCCUCUUUGAGGAAAGAUUAGGAUUUAGGAGAAUAUAAAAAGUAUUUUCAGUAUUUAAAAUCCUUUCAUGUCUUGAGAUUUGAUAAACAGCUGAGUUUUUAUUGUCUUUCAUUUUCUUUUUGAUGGUGUAUCCUUUUGAUUGUUUAAAAAUUAAUAAAAGUGAAACCAAAAAAUAUA